GUGAACGUCAGGCCAUAUAGUGCAGUCUGUGAGUUAAUCGCUAUGGAUGUUCACGGAGUCUCCAUGGAUUGUAACUUUGAUGAGAUGGAUCUUAAGAAUCGGAAAAUGCUGCCAACUGAGGAUCGCUUCGACAGUGGAGUGGAUUCAUUAAAAGAAGACGAUAUUCCAAUUAUGGUGGAAGACUUUACACAUUUACGGGUCAGCGCCGGUGAAGAGCCUUGGAAACAAGAAAUCACGGAAGAUGGAGACACGUUUCUCCACCUCGCCAUCAUUCACGAGGCCAAGGAGCAUGCUCUGGAGAUGAUUAAGCUGUCUCAAAACGACCCAUUCUUGAACAAACAGAACAACCAGAGACAGACGGCCCUCCACUUGGCAGUAAUAACGGAGCAGCCACUUAUUGUGGAGAGACUGCUGAAGGCAGGCUGUGACCCUCGCCUGGUGGAUGAGAGUGGGAACACAGCUCUCCACAUUGCCUGCAAGAAAGGCUCCAUGACCUGUUUUGCAGUCCUGACCCAAAUCCAGACCCAACACCUGCGAUCUAUCCUCACCUUCACCAACUACAGUGGACACACUUGUCUCCACCUAGCAUCACUGUAUGGUUACCUUUCAAUGGUUGAAGUCCUUGUACAGCUUGGAGCUGAUAUCAAUGCAAAGGAGCAAUGCAGCGGUCGUACCGCUCUCCAUUUGGCCGUGGACCUGCAGAACCCUGCUUUGGUGCAGCGGCUCAUCAGUUUGGGAGCUGACGUCAACAGGCUGACCUACGGGGGCUUCGCUCCCUUCCACCUCACCUUCGGCAGGCAGAACACGGAGAUUCAGAAGCACUUGUACGAGCGAACGGCGGAGGCGCUGAGAGAGCUGCCGGAGAGCGAGUACGAGGAUAGCGAGGAGGAGCCUUCAUCUGAUGAAGAGAUGUACGAUGACAUUACGUUUGCUGGGAAGUAAGGUGGUCGCCUGGACGACGUUUAGCAUAUUCCAGAUUAAAUGACAGCAUGUGCUGUCCAACGGUCAAUGCCAGGGCACUGUAGUCCUGCCUCCAUAAGCUACUUGGCGUCAAGACCUGGGGCCAGAGUGGAGCGGUCCGGGAAAACAUGUAGCUGAAGAUGGUGUUCAACUUGAAGGAAUGACUGAAAUAGCCGAUUAGCAGGCCAAUAGGCAAGCCUGCUCCUGACCUUCAAGAUUAUGUAAAAUAACUAUAUCAUAUUGUAAAUACAGAGAGAUAUAUAUUUUUUUUUACCUGUA